UCUCGGCGGCCGCAUCGCGCCUGCGCGGGUGCGAGUAGCCCAGCCUAAGCUUCCGGGCAGGUAGCGUGGGAGGGGAGGCGAUGGGGAGCGUCGGAGCAGACGAGUCGCGGGGGUGAGCGCGGGCUAGAGCGGCCGCGCGGCCCGCAGGAAGAGGAGCGGCGGGGCCUAGCUCCCCGGAGCUGCGAGCGGCGGGGCCUGGCGGCGCCAGCAGCACACUGGUUAGAUCAGACAGCUUGCAGUUCUACGCUGUCAUCUGAAUUCAACAUCAGCUGCUUUUACUCCAGGCCCUGCAAGAUGCCAGCAGCCCUUGCAGAGAACAGCCAGGUUAUCUGUGAAGUAUGGGCAAACAAUCUGGAAGAAGAGAUGAGGAAAAUUCGAGAGAUUGUUCUAAGUUACAGCUACAUUGCAAUGGACACAGAAUUUCCUGGAGUUGUCGUAAGGCCAAUUGGUGAAUUCCGCAGUUCCAUAGACUAUCAGUACCAGCUCCUUCGGUGUAACGUUGACCUACUGAAAAUUAUCCAGCUGGGCCUAACUUUCACAAAUGAGAAGGGAGAGUAUCCUUCUGGAAUCAACACUUGGCAGUUUAACUUCAAAUUCAACCUUACGGAGGAUAUGUACUCCCAGGAUUCCAUAGACCUGCUUGCGAGCUCUGGGCUGCAGUUCCAGAAGCAUGAAGAAGAAGGGAUUGAUACUCUGCAUUUUGCUGAGUUGCUUAUGACUUCUGGGGUCGUCCUUAGUGACAGCGUGAAAUGGCUGUCAUUUCACAGUGGUUAUGACUUUGGCUACAUGGUGAAGCUGCUGACAGAUUCCAGGUUACCAGAAGAGGAACAUGAGUUUUUCCAUAUCUUGAACCUUUUUUUCCCAUCUAUCUAUGAUGUAAAGUACCUAAUGAAGAGCUGCAAAAACCUCAAGGGCGGCCUUCAAGAAGUGGCAGAUCAGCUAGAUUUGCAGCGAAUUGGGCGACAACACCAGGCAGGAUCAGACUCUCUGCUCACAGGAAUGGCAUUCUUCAGAAUGAAAGAGUUGUUUUUUGAGGAUACGAUUGAUGAUGCAAAGUAUUGCGGGCGGCUGUAUGGCCUUGGCACAGGAGUGGCUCAGAAACAAAAUGAAGAUGUGGACUCAGCCCAAGAAAAGAUGAGCAUUUUGGCUAUUAUCAACAACAUGCAGCCAUGAUAAGUGGUACCCCUCAGCAGAACAUGGUUACCAUACUGGCAGCUGCUGUCCUCAACCGUUUUCCCUAACAGUGUCUCAAACAAAAGGCAUCUACAGUAUACAGUCUGCAGAAGGCCUGCGGUUUUGCUGAAGAGAGAAGCUGCAUCUUCAUUUGAAACCAAGAGGAGAGUUGACUGAAUUCCUAAUGCCAGCAUAGGUGGCUUGCCAUCUUUUUAAUACCAAGGGCAAGAGACAGAAACUGUUGUGUAUACCUCUGUUUUUUCCUCUUUAUACUGUACAGAACCUGCAAGGAAGACUUAACAGUAUUCAGUAAAGCUAAGGGUCGGGAAAUCCAGUGAAAUCGGACACAGACAUGCACACAAAUUUGCAAAUUGUGCUUUAGGAAGCUUAUUUUAAUACUUCUGCAUGUUGUGAGGGUGACAGCUUCACCUCAUGUUUUGCUUAUUUUUAUCUUUGUAUAGUCUGUGGAUAUUGCUCCCUUUGAUCACUGCGGAGGUUUGGGAAAGGAUGACAUUAAAAAUAAUCCUUGCAGCUAAAAAUAUUCAGAGAUUUGCUUUAACAACAGUGAGAACGGAUAUACUGGAGCUGAUUUGAUCAGCUCCAUAGCUUCUAAUUCUGUAUGGUACAGGUUUGACCCAUACUGAGCCUCAGCUUAGGUCUUACGGGUAUUAAUAAACUGUUCUGGAAUAGAUUAAGAGAGCCUCGAAGUUCACCUUUGCUAGAGGACCUUUUGACAGGGGACUGGACCAAUAUUCUGACUGUGGUUUUCUUCAGCUUGGCAUAUGAAUUUUGUUCUUCUCAUUGCAACACAAGUAACUCAGCAGACAGAUAAGUAUUUCUCCCUCUUUCCCCUCCCCUUUCUCCAGCCCCUAAUUUUUGCUACAUGUUUAACAACUAACAGAAGUCCUUUUCUCUUCAUUAUAAACAUCUGAAAAAAUAGCCAGAGGAUGAAAGACCAACUUGGGAUUUUGACUUUUAAAAAAACAAGCUAUUCUAUUACUACAUUAUUUUCAACAGGUCUGUAAUGACAUUUCUUAAAAAAAAGAAAAGAAAAAAAAGAAAAACAACCCUUUUGGACAUGGCAAUAGCAACUUAAAAUUUUGACUUUGUCUUGCAUUUUAAACAAGCUUAAACAAUUCGUUAUUAGGAGUUAAGGUUUAAAGCUGGUAUUUAAAAUGCUUGUAAAUACUACUUGUUUUUAAUUUUUGUAAAAUAAAUUUUUUUUAAACCAG